AGAGGGGCCGCUGACAGUGACACUCUCCCUUUUAGGAGCUGUGUAACUUCUGAAGGGUGGAUCAUCCACCCUGCCUUCAGGAAAUUGGAGCAGACCUGGUCCUGCCCUUAGCUGGCCCCACCCUUGCCUGCCCCAGGAUCUGUUGCUCGUUCAGGAGUCAGAUCUGCUUUGCCGAGGAUGGAUGUUGAAGAGUUUUCAAAGGCUGAGGACAGACCUGAGGACCCGGGUUUUCAAAAUGAAGGCCAGUCCCUUGCCGAGAAGCCCAAUUUUCCACUAGAAGGUCAGAUUACUGACCCAACUGUCCUCUGGGACAUGCUUGAGAAGAAAUUUCUGGAAUACCAGCAGCUAACGCACAAGAACCUGGAAGAACGCCGGAAGAGCCUGCUGAGUCUUCUCCCACUAUUCCUAAAGGCCUGGGAACAUUCUGUGGGCAUCAUCUGCUUUCGCAGUCUCCAAAGUCUGGCAGAAGAUGUGUCCGACCAGCUUGCCCAAGAAAUACAACAGGCACUUUCUGGAAAGCCGGCAGAGCAAGCCCGGGCUGCUGCUGGGCAGCUACUGCGGUGGAAGAGUGACACGAAUCAGGACCGCUACCUGCUCCUAAAAUCGGUGUAUGUGCUCACAGGGACAGACUCGGAGACGCUGGGCAGAGUGGUGGAAUCAGGCCUUCCGGCCCUGCUCCUGCAGUGCCUGUAUCUCUUCUUUGCUUUUCCUGUGGAGAAGGAUGUGCCUUUGGAGAGCGAUGUUCAGGGGCAGAGGCUGUUCGUGCAGAUGUUGCUGAACAUUUGCAGCGAGUCUCAGGGUCUGGAGGGACUUCUCUCAGGAAGCGAGCUCCAGUCUCUACUGAUAGCUACCACCUGUCUGCGGGAACACAGCUGCUUCUCCUGGAAAGAGGCUGCCUUCUGUGUGCUGCGGGCUAUCUCCAAGGCGCAGAGCCCCAGCGUCAUCCAAUAUCUGCGAUCAGCAGACUGUGUCCGGCUCUCAGUUCAGAACCUCUCCAAGUUGGCGGACACUCUCCCUGCAGCUGAGGUGAGCGAGGCCGUGAACCUCAUCCUGAACUUUGUGAGAGACUCCUAUGCCAUCUCCUCUGCGCUGCUCCUGGAGUUUGAGAAUGGGGAGGGCUACCCUCUGCUCCUCAAGGUACUGCUGCGGUACGAUGGGCUGACCCAGGGUGAGGUGGAACCCCAGCUCCAGGAGCUCAUGGAGCUGGUGAUGUGGCUGACAACUUGUGGGAGGUCAGAACUGAAGGUGUUUGACAGCGUCACAUAUCCUCAGCUUGAAGGCUUCAAGUUCCAUCAUGAGGCUUCGGGUGUGACCGUGAAGAAUCUCCAGGCCUUCCAGGUGCUGCAGAAUGUUUUCCACAGAGCCAGUGACUCUGUCCUUUGUAGUCAAGUGCUUUCGGCCAUCAAGACCAUGUGGGCCUGGAACCCUCGAAAUUUCUUCCUGUUGGAGUGGACCCUGCAGCCCAUCUCACAGUUUGUCGAGGUCAUGCCCCUGAAGCCGGCCUCAGUGCAGGCACACUUUUUCCAGCUGCUGGAGACUCUGGUGUUCCAGCUUCUCUAUGUGCCUCAUGAGAUCCUCGCUAAAGUGCAGCGUCUGAUCAAGGAGAGCCCCGAGCUGUCCUGCACCCUUGUGGCCUUGGGGAGCAUCCUCAGGAUCACGGCCAGUGACCCGCUCUUCACAGACAUCUUCCGGGACUCAGGACUUCUAGGUCUGCUGCUGGCCCAGCUACGGAAACAGGCCAAGAUCAUGAGGAAGUCAGGAAACAAGGGGUGCAGCCCUGGUGUGCAGGAUCCAGAGAGGGAACUCACCUGUGUGAUGCUGAACACCGUGGUCACACUUCUGCAAGGCUCUGUUCGCAAUGCAGUUGUCCUAAAAGAUCAUGGCAUGGUGCCCUUCAUCAAGAUCUUUCUGGAUGACGAUUGCUACCGAGGGGCCUCACUCAGCAUCUUGGAGCAGCUCUCAGUCAUCAACGCAGAGGAGUACAUGAGCAUCAUUGUGGGUGCUUUGUGUUCAUCUACCCAGGCGGAGCUGCAGCUGAAGCUGGAUCUUCUCAAGUCUCUGCUCCGGAUCCUGGAGACCCCCAAAGGCCAUGCUGCGUUCCGUGUCUCCAGUGGAUUCAAUGGACUGCUCUCCCUGCUCUCUGACCUGGAGGGGUCCCUCCAAGUGCCUGCAGUGCCAACAUGGGGUGCAGUGUCACCCAGUCAGACCCUGGAGCUGGUGUUGCACACCCUUUGUGUGAUGUCUGCCGCACUGCACUUGGACCCAGUCAAUGAGCACUUCUUCAUGAGCAAUGGGCUCUUUGAGAAGCUGGCUGAGGACCUCUGUCUACUGGGCUGUUUUGGGGCCCCAGACGAGGCGGGUACCCGGCUGUACUCUUCCUCUGACAUGAAGGCCAGGCCCUUUGUGGAUUUGCUGAGCUGUGCCUUUUCCUCCAGCUGCCCAUUUCCACCCAGGGUGCAGAGCUGCCUGCAGAUCCUCAGCUUCUUAGAGAGAAUGGCCAGUGGCACCCUCCACCUGCACGGGGACCUGAUGGAGCUGGCUAGGGCUGGCCAGGAGCCUUCUGUGGAUGCUCGAACAGGAGAGGCUGGUGGCCACCAAGGCAAAGUCAAGCAGUGGCCAGACCUGGAGGAGAGGAUAGAUGACGGUGACGUCAUGAUCAUGCAUCCUGGGAUCAUAUGCAUCAUGGUGAGACUGCUGCCUCGCUUGUACUUUGACGAUCACCCACAGCUUUCUGAGGAAAUUCAGUGCUCUAUGGCCAGUCAUCUCUUGUCCCUGGUGAAAUCGGAGAAGAACCGCCAGGUCAUGUGUGAGGCAGGGAUGCUCCGGACACUCAUGACCUUUUGCCACAGGACCUUCAGGACGGGUGACAGUGUCCUGCACUUGCUUCUCAUCAGAAUCUUCGAAAAACUUGGUUCCCAAGCCAUCGAGCCAGAUGUGCUAAGGCCAUGCCUUGGAGGGUCUCAGGACCUCAGGUCCUCACGGACCUCCCAAGAGUCAGCCACAGCCCUUCAGACAACCCUAGGCCUCAUCUCCAUGACCUCCCCUCGCAAUCUGCAGCCUCAGAGAGCAGCCCUGACACCAUCAUUUGUGGAAUUUGACAUGUCUGUGGAUGGUUAUGGCUGUCUGUUUACUCCAACCUUGUCUACGGUCAUGGGGACCAGCACAGAGCAUUCCAUCUCUGGAGGGACUGGAUCAGGUGCUCCCCGGCCAUUCCCUCCACCUGGAGGCCUCACCUUCUCCUGUUGGUUUCUGAUCAGCCGGCAGGCCACUGUCAUGGAAGGCCACCCUCUGCGCUUUCUAACCCUGGUGCGCCACCUGGCCAGGACCGAGCAGCCCUUUGUCUGCUUCUCCGUCAGCCUCUGCAUGGAAGACCUGUCCUUGGUUGUGUCCACAGAAGAGAAAGAGUUCCAGCCUCUGGAUGUCAUGGAGCCUGAAGAUGAGGCAGAGCCCUCUGCAGGCCGCCAGCUCCAGGUCAGGUGCAGCAAGCUGCUGGCUUGUGGACAAUGGUAUCACCUGGCUGUGGUGGUCAGCAAAGAAAUGAAAAGGCAUUGCACUGUUACCACGUAUCUGGAUGGACAAGCCAUUGGUUCAGCCAAGAUGCUGUACAUUCAGGCCUUACCAGGGUCUUUUGUUUCAAUGGAUCCAUCUUCAUUUGUGGAUGUUUAUGGCUAUAUUGGGACCCCUAGAGUUUGGAAACAAAAGUCAUCAUUAAUCUGGCGUCUUGGCCCUGCAUACCUCUUUGAAGAAGACAUAUCAGUGGACACACUAGAACUUAUUAUUAAACUUGGCCCGAGGUACUGUGGUAACUUCCAAGCGGUGCACCUCCAAGGAGAAGUCCCAGAGAGUGAAGCCACGGCCCUCAUCUCAGAGGAAAGGAUUUCCUUCAGUCUUCAUGUCUCGAGUUCUUCUACCACCAGCAUACUGAACAUCAGAAACACCUACAAUGAUGUGGACAGCCGUCUGAUCGCCAAGGAGAUGAAUGUUUCUUCCCGUGACAAUGCCACACCUGUGUUCUUGCUGAGAAACUGUGCUGGACACCUCUCAGGGUCACUUCGAACUCUGGGUGCUGUUGCGGUGGGCCAGCUAGGGGUGAGGGUGUUCCAUUCCAGCCCAGCAGCUAGCAGCCUGGACUACAUUGGAGGGCCUGCCAUCCUCCUGGGCCUCAUCUCCCUGGCAACAGAUGACCACACUAUGUACGCGGCUAUGAAAGUUCUGCACUCUGUUCUGACUAGCAAUGCUAUGUGUGACUACCUGAUGCGGCACAUCAGCGGGUACCAGAUCUUAGCCUUUCUCCUGAGGAAGAAGACUUCCUUCCUAAACCACCGCAUUUUCCAGUUGAUCCUCUCGGUGGCUGGCACUGCGGAGCUGGGUUUCAGACCAUCUGCUGUCACUAACACGUGUGUCUUCCAGCAUGUGCUCUGCAAUUUUGAGCUCUGGACGAACACUGCAGACAACCUGGAGCUUGCUCUCUUUUCCCAUCUCCUGGAGAUCCUUCAGUCACCAAGGGAAGGACCCAGAAAUGCUGAAAUAGCCCACCAGGCACAGCUGGUACCCAAGCUCAUAUUCCUCUUCAAUGAGCCAAGCCUGGCCUUGCCCAAGGUCUCCACCAUCAUUGCCAUCCUGGGCUGUCAGCUGAAGGGCCACUUUAACAUCCAGGAUUUACUCAGGGUCGCGCUGUUUGUCAUAUAUACCCUCAAGCCUUCAUCAGUGAACGAGAGAGAGAUCUGCCUGGACAGAACCCAGGACCCCUCCAUACCUGCUGGAAGCCAAACAUCUGGAAAGGCAAUCUGGCUUCGAAACCAGUUGCUGGAGAUGCUCUUGGGCGUAAUAUCUUCCCCACAACUUCAUCUGUCCUCUGAGUCAAAGGAACAGGUGUUUCUGAGCCUGGGGCCCGACUGGUUCCUGCUGCUGCUACAGGGUCACCUGCAUCCCAGCACCACCACGCUGGCAUUGAAGCUGCUGCUGUACUUUCUGUCAAACCCUUCCCUCCGUGGGCGAUUUAGAGAUGGCCUAUCUGCUGGGUGCUGGGUAGAGAGCAGCAUGGAGGGUGUGGACAUUGUGAUGGACAACCUGAAGAGCCGCCCUGCAGUGCCUGACCAGAGCCCCUGCCUGCUCCCUGGAUUCCGGGUCUUGGAUGACUUUCUGGCCUGCCAUGUUCGUAUUCCAGAAGUGACCCUCAUCGUGUCCUCCUUCUUCCUCCAGAUGCCACUUACAGAGCUGACUGAUGGGCCCAGAGAGAGCUUAGAUUCGAUGCUUCAGUGGCUUCUACAGAAACAUCACCAGCAAGAAGUCCUCCAGGCGGGGCUGUGCCUGGAAGGUUCCCUGCUGCUCCUGGGAAUGCUGAAAGCCAUCAUGAGCCAGCCCCCAGCAGGUUCAGCAGACAGUGCCUGUGAUCAGACACUCCCCAGCAGUAUUCUUCAGUUCCUCGGUCUGGUGCACCGCUCCUACCCCCAGGACCCAGCAUGGAGAACCCCUGACUUCCUCCAGACCUUGGCCAUCAUCACUUUCCCAAUGGAAACCCAGAAGGAGCCUCAGGCAAGCACAGAAGCUGCUGCUGCCGCCACCGCCCCAUCCCUCGCUAGCAUCUCCUACUUCACCCAGAAGCUGGUCGAGAAGCUGUACAGUGGGAUGUUCUCAUCAGAUCCCAGGCACAUCCUCCUGUUCAUCAUAGAGCACAUCAUGGCGGCCAUCGAGAACCCAUCUUCCCAAAAGGACACUGUCAUGAGUGCGCUGUACAGCAGCUUGAAUAAAGUCAUCCUUCACUGCCUCUCCAAGCCCCAGCAGUCCCUGUCUGAGUGCCUUGGCCUCCUUAGCAUCCUGGACUUCCUACAGGAGCACUGGGACAUCAUCUUUGCCACUUACAAUUCCAACGUCAGCUUCAUUCUGUGCCUCAUGCACUGUCUUUUGCUGCUGAAUGCAAGGAGUUAUCCUGAAGGAUUUGGAUUGGAGCCAAAGCCCAGAAUUACUCCUUAUCACCAUGUCUUCCUUUCUCCAAAUGAAGAAGCAAAAGACAGGAAGGAGGAAGGCCUUCCAAGUCUGAGUGAUGUCCAGCACAACAUCCAGAAGGCAGUGCGUGUGCUCUGGCAGCAGCUGGUGGCUCAGCAGCGACAGACGCUAGAAGAUGCCUUCAAGAUUGAUCUCUCUGUGAAGGCUGGCGAAAACGAAGUGAAGAUCGAAGAGGUCACCCCACUCUGGGAGGAGACGAUGCUCAGAGCCUGGCAGCAUUAUUUAGCAUCUGAGAAGAAGUCACUGGCCAGUCGCUCAAGUGUCACAUACCACAGCAAAGUGAGUUCGUGGAGUGGGAGUCUGUCCUCAGCCAUGAGACUGAUGCCAGGACGGCCAGCAAAGGACCCUGAGUGCAAAGCAGAGGAUUUUGUGUCCUGUAUAGAAAAUUACAGAAGAAAAGGACAGGAGCUCUAUGCAUCUCUGUACAAGGACUAUGUGCAGAGGUGGAAAAGUGGAAGCAUCGAGGCAGCCACAGCCUGGGCCAGGAUGCGGGAGCAGCUCUUUGGGGAGCUGGGACUGUGGGGCCCAGUGCAAAAAUCCACACCCUGUUCCCAGUGGGAACUGGACAGGAGGGAAGGACCAGCUCGCAUGAGGAAACGCAUCAGACGGUUGCCUUCAUGGGAGGCCCUGAACCUAGGAGGGUGCAAGAAGAGCCAAGACAGAAAGGGUGAUGUUUCUCAGACAAAUGCUGAAAACCAAGUUUUCACUACUGCAGAUGAGCUGACAUCAGAAGAAGCUGAGAGCAGGCCAGACGAGGUGGGAAUAGAUUGCACACAACUGACCUUCUUCCCUGCCUUGCAUGAAAGCCUGCAAUCAGAAGAUUUCUUGGAAUUAUGCAGGGAAAGACAAGUCAUUUUACAAGAGCUUCUUGAUGGAGAAAAGGUGUCUCAGAAGCUCCCCUUGGUGAUCGUACAGGGCCACCUGGUCUCAGAAGGGAUCCUGCUCUUUGGCCAGCAGCACUUUUACAUCUGUGAGAACUUUACUCUGUCUCCCACAGGUGAUGUCUACUGCACCCGCCACUGUUUAUCCAACAUCAGUGAUCCCUUCAUUUUCAACAUGUGCAGCAAAGACAGGUCCUCUGACCAUUACUCCUGUCAGCGCCAUGCCUACAGUGACCUCCGGGAGCUCCGGCAAGCCCGCUUUCUCCUGCAGGAUAUGGCCCUGGAGAUGUUCUUCCGAAAUGGGCAUUCGAAGCUCCUUGUCUUCUACAACAGCGACCGGAGUAAAGCUUUCAAAAGCUUUUGUACCUUCCAGCCCAGCCUGAAAGGGAAGAGCAAUGCAGAGGACCCCUUCGACCUGAGGAGACACCCGGGCUUUGAUAGGACCAUGCUGCAGAAAUGGCAGAAAAGGGAGAUCAGCAAUUUCGAAUACCUCAUGUAUCUCAACACCCUGGCUGGAAGGACCUACAAUGACUACAUGCAGUAUCCCGUGUUUCCCUGGGUCCUUGCUGACUACACCUCAGAGAUGUUGAACUUGACGAAUCCCAAGACAUUCCGGGAUCUUUCGAAGCCAAUGGGGGCCCAAACCAAGGAAAGGAAGUUGAAAUUUACCCAGAGGUUUAAAGAAGUUGAAAAGAUUGAAGGAGACAUGACUGUCCAGUGCCACUACUACACUCACUAUUCCUCAGCCAUCAUUGUUGCCUCCUACUUGGUCCGGAUGCCACCCUUCACACAAGCCUUCUACUCCUUACAGGGCGGAAGCUUUGAUGUGGCUGACAGAAUGUUCCACAGUGUGAAGAGCACAUGGGAGUCUGCCUCCAGAGAAAACAUGAGUGAUGUCAGGGAGUUGACACCUGAGUUCUUCUACCUGCCCGAGUUUUUAACCAACUGUAAUGCAGUAGAGUUUGGUUGCAUGCAGGAUGGGACAACUCUGGGAGAUGUGCAGCUCCCUCCCUGGGCUGAUGGGGAUCCGAGGAAAUUCAUCAGCUUGCACAGACAGGCCCUGGAGAGUGACUUUGUCAGUGGCAACCUCCACCAUUGGAUAGACCUAAUUUUUGGGUAUAAGCAGCAGGGGCCAGCUGCUGUAGAGGCAGUGAACACUUUCCAUCCCUACUUCUAUGGUGACAAACUGGACCUCAGCAGCAUCAGUGACCCUCUCAUCAAGAGCACCAUCCUGGGAUUCAUCAGCAACUUUGGACAAGUGCCCAAGCAGAUCUUCACUAAGCCCCACCCAUCCAGGAACAACACAGGAAAACCUCCGGUGCCUGGAAAAGAUACUUCCACCCCAGUAGGCCUUCCAGGCCACUCCCAGUCCUUCCUCCAUAGCCUGCCAUCAUUGAGACCUUCUCAAGUCACUGUCAAAGAUAUGUACCUUUUCUCUCUAGGGUCAGAAUCCCCCAAAGGGGCCAUCGGCCACAUUGUCCCUACUGAGAAGACUAUCCUGGCGGUGGAGAAGAACAAAAUACUGCUGCCUCCUUUCUGGAACAGGACUUUCAGCUGGGGCUUUGAUGACUUCAGUUGCUGCUUGGGGACCUACGGCUCUGACAAGAUCCUGAUGACAUUUGAGAACCUGGCUGCCUGGGGCCCCUGUCUGUGUGCUCUUUGCCCAUUCCCUACAAUGAUCGUCACAUCUGGGGCCAGUGCAGUGGUGUGCGUGUGGGAGCUCAGCCUGGUCAAAGGUCGGCCGAGAAGCUUGCAACUCCGACAGGCCUUGUAUGGACACACCCAGGCUGUCACAUGUCUGACAGCCUCCAUCACCUUCAGUCUCCUGGUGAGUGGCUCCCAAGAUCGCACUUGUACCCUGUGGGACCUGGACAACCUCUGCCGUGUGGCCUGCCUGCCUGUACAUCGGGAAGGCAUCUCAGCCAUUGCCAUCAGUGACAUUUCGGGAACCAUCGUCUCCUGUGCCGGAGCCCAUUUGUCCCUGUGGAACAUCAAUGGACAGCCCCUGGCCAGCAUUACCACAGCUUGGGGCCCAGAGGGAACUAUAACAUGCUGCUGCAUAGUAGAGGGGCCAGCGUGGGAUGCAAGCCACGUCAUCAUCACAGGCAGUAAAGACGGCAUGGUUCGGAUUUGGAAGACAGAGGACGUGAAGAUGCCCAUUCCGAGGCAAGCAGUCACAGAGGAGGCCUCCGCUGAGCCCCUGAGCCCCAGAGGUCACAAGUGGGCCAAGAACCUAGCCUUGAGCCGAGAGCUGGAUGUCAGUGUUGCCCUGAGUGGCAAGUCCAGCAAGGCAAGCCCUGCUGUGACAGCUCUAGCUAUAACGAGAAACCAGACCAAGCUUUUGGUUGGUGACGAGAAGGGGAGAAUCUUCUGCUGGUCUGCUGAUGGGUAGGAGGAAACAAGCGCUGGAGGCACCAGCAUUGAAGCUGGAA